AUGCUUCAGACCCUCGUAAUCGUCCUUAUCUGUAUCAUUGCAGUUCUCAUCAUGAUCGGUGUAGCCGCAUUGAUCAAUACGGGAACCAGGAAGGAAGGUCCUGGUAUUCCUGUGUAA